ACAAACUGAUAUAUUUAUUUUACCCCUUCAACAGGCGCUCUUUCACAAAACCUGAUGGAGGUGCAGGUUCCCGUGGUGGGAAACAGGAAGUGUAACUGUGACUAUGGAGUGGGAUCAAUCACUGGCAACAUGAUCUGUGCCGGGUUAAGUGCAGGAGGAAAGGACUCCUGUCAGGGGGAUUCAGGAGGUCCAAUGGUGAGCAAGCAGAACGGUCGCUGGAUUCAGGCGGGAGUCGUCAGUUUUGGGGAAGGUUGUGCCAGGCCGAAUCUUCCAGGAGUCUACCCCAGAGUAUCCCAGUACCAGACCUGGAUCAGGACCCAGAUCUCCUCCAACCAGCCGGGCUUCAUAACGUUCACGUCCACUGGGACCAACAGUGACCUCAGUGUCACCUGCUGAGGACUGCCACCCAGUGGCGGUCCUAGCCUGCUUCGUGCCCCAGGCUAAAACUCCCCCCCACACUCACACACAAAACGUGUCAGGUUUUGUAUUGUUGAUUAUCAUUCAUGCUUAGAAAUAUCUACUUAUAUAUGCUUAGAGUUUUAUAAUUAGUUUUAGAUUGGUAGAGGUUUGAUCCUUAAUAGUCUGCAAACUUUGUGUGCAUUCCAGAGCACUCUGGGAGCGUGGGAGAGCUCGGACCUUGUCUUAUUGUUUUAUGGAUAAACGUAUCUAUG